UAUAUAUAUAUUUUCCCUCAAGCUAAUGCCAAUUUCAAGAAUCCUAUGCUUCUCAUGCACUUUUUCUAUCUAUUUUCCACAAAAAGCUCAUUAAUUAUAUCUACAUUUUAUCAUAGCACAAAAUGGGUGAGAUCGAGAACAUGAAAAUAUUUCAAGAAAUGGCGUUUAAGCGUGAUGUUGAUAAGAGCCAACCGGGACUAGUUCAAUGGGUUUUAAUAGAACCUAAAGACGAAAGUGUUUGCAAGUAUGAUCUUGUAGACUCGGAUUUAGACGAUUCUUUUGAAUCGUCUUCUUCUUCUUCGUCGUCGGACACGAUAGAUGAUGUUUCGUCAUCGUCAUCAUCAUCAUCAUCAACCUCUUUAUCAUCAUCAUCAAAUAGUCCUUUGUUCAAACUAUCCGAGCUCAUGGCACAAUUGCCUAUCAAGAAGGGUCUAUCAAGGUUUUAUCAUGGGAAAUCUGAGUCGUUUGCAUCACUAAAUGAUGUUGAAAACAUUGAAGACCUCGCAAAGAAAAGGAAUUAUUUUUGUAGAUCAAGGUCAAGGAAAAGUCAUGUAGAUGGUCAAAAAAGAUUAAGUCCAAAAGCAACCAUAGCCAAGAACAAGAAAAGUCCUUCUUGUUCAACAACUGGAGUGGUAGGAUAUAUUCUUCACCAAAAAAAGUAAAAAGGGUGUGUUAGUUAUUUAAUGGCUAGUUAGCUUAAAUAGUCUUAGCCUUUACUUACAAAAUGUGGCUAAUUUUACCUAUUCAAGGUUUUUUCAAUCUUUGUACUUGAGGAUUGCGAUGUUUUCACCUUGAAUUGUUAGGGUAUUUAUAUGUUUA